AGUCAUAUAUUCGAUCUUAUACCUCAUACCAUAUUCGCGGUUGGAUAAUACGAUAAUACGAUAGUACCUCAAUCGCCAAACAUGGCUUCAAAAGGGGCUGCGCGCCUUGUGUUGAAGCGCGAGAUUCGGUACUCGUCCCGAACUUGGCCAUCAUCAUCACGGAGUUCAAUUUCUGCUGUCAAUUCCGGACGUCGUGUAUCCGCGCUUACACCAAACAACAGACGACAAUACUGCAAUGUCGUCGAGCCUUUCAACGCCCGCUUACAGCCUGGACAGAACCGGGCCUUUUCGCGAUCAGCCCGGAGGCGGGAUGCGGAGGAAGCUAUUGACCCUAGUCAGGUCGAAAGGGAAUCAGACGAGGUUGACGUUUGUAUUGUCGGAGGAGGUCCGGCCGGUCUCGCAUCAGCUAUCCGUCUAAAGCAACUUGCCAAUGAAGCGGGGAAUGAAGAAUUCCGGGUCGUCCUUCUGGAAAAGGCAGGCGAAUUGGGCGCUCAUAUAGUUUCAGGGAACGUUUUACAACCGAACGCUUUGAACGAAUUACUUCCAGAUUGGCUAGAUGAAAACAAUCCUUCACGAUUCCAAAAUGUUACACCCGCGAAGAGCGAUAAGAUGCGAUUUUUGACCAAGACAAUGUCUAUCCCGAUCCCCGCACCGCCUCAGAUGCACAACCACGGAAACUAUAUUGUCAGUUUGAGUGAGUUGACGAAAUGGCUGGGGGAACGGGCCGAGGAGUUGGGGGUCGAAGUCUACCCGGGCUUCGCUGCGAGUGAAGUGUUGUACAAAUCUGACGGUUCUGUACGCGGCGUUGCCACCAAUGAUCUAGGCAUCGGCCGAGAUGGAAAACCAAAGGACAGUUUCGAGAGAGGGAUGGAGUUCACCGCGAGGGUGACAUUGCUGGCCGAAGGUUGCCACGGCAGCUUGACCAAGCAGGUUAUCAAGAAAUAUGAUCUUCGCCGGGAUAGUCAACCACAGACAUACGGUCUGGGUAUCAAAGAAGUCUGGGAGAUUCAGCCGGAGAAGUUUAAACCAGGCGAGAUUGUUCACUCGAUGGGGUAUCCAUUGCCGUCAGACACCUAUGGAGGAGCAUGGAUGUAUCACUUUGGCGAAAAUCUUGUCAGCAUCGGUCUGGUUGUCGGUCUUGAUUAUCCCAACCCUUGGCUCUCUCCCUACCAAGAAUUCCAGAAAUUGAAGCACCAUCCUCUAUUCAAGGAGGUUCUGGAAGGUGGUAAAUGUAUCUCGUACGGUGCGCGAGCCUUGAAUGAAGGCGGCUUCCAAUCGAUUCCCAAAGUUGCGUUCCCUGGAGGUGCCUUGAUCGGAGAUACUGCUGGUUUCUUGAAUGUUCCCAAGAUCAAGGGAACUCAUACGGCCAUUAAAUCUGGUAUGCUCGCCGCAGAAGCUGCCUACUCCGCUCUACAGGGGAGCGAUAAUGGCACUGUUUUCUUAUAUGACUACGAAAAGUCUUUGCGGGAAUCUUGGAUCUGGAAAGAGCUCAAGGAGGUUCGCAAUAUGCGACCUGCAUUUGGCACGGCCGGCUUGCUCGGUGGAAUCCUAUACUCAGGCCUCGAGGCUUUUAUUCUCCGCGGCAAGGCUCCAUGGACACUGAAACAUCACAGCACAGAUUCCGGGGCAACCAAGCUAGCAUCGCAGUGCAAUAAGAUUGAAUAUCCCAAGCCAGAUGGCGUGAUCAGUUUCGACAUUUUGACUAGCGUCAGUCGCACCGGCACCAAUCAUGAGGAGGAUCAACCUGUCCACCUUCAAGUCAAGGACUGGGAUGCACACACUGCAGCUGCAUGGCCCAAGUACCGCGGUAUCGAAAACCGAUUCUGCCCUGCUGGCGUCUAUGAAUACCUCGAAGAUCCUUCCAAAGAGCAGGGUGUUCGCUUCCAAAUUAAUGCUCAAAAUUGUAUCCAUUGCAAGACUUGCGAUAUCAAAGUCCCGACCCAGGAUAUCAACUGGCAGACUCCUCAAGGAGAGAUGUAUGCGAACCCCACGGGGUUGGCAAGCCGUACCAUGGAAUUGCUGACAUGCUCUCCAUCAGCCCUCAUUAGUAUCCUAAUUGUUUCAAUCUCAUCUUCCAAGGCUCAGAUGCAGUGUGAUACAAAAUGCAAAACAAGGCCAAGCGCCCAGCCUGAGCGGGGCCACGUGGAUCGCCGCAGAGGUCAAGCUCUCAGUCGCCCACCUUUCACCUCUUCUGUUAUCCUCAUCCUUUUGGAUCCUGGCUCCGAGGACUCUCCGCUCUUCUGGUGCUGUGGCUGUGGGCCACUAACAUCCACGUCGUCGCCAACAAAUUCACCGCCUCGACAUCUCUCUGUUUCGCUUCAUUCGUACUGGGUUUCCAACGGUCCCGAGAACUCUCCUAGAAGAGUUCGUCAAAAACGGUCCCCUUGCCGCCGUUGUCCACCGUCUCCGGUAUCCGGCCAGUUUCUCCAAGGUCUCAGCAAAUACUCUUCUACAUUCCAGUCAGCCAUGAGUGAGGUUUCGUCCACACGGCUCUAUCUUGGGAAUCUUCCCCGCAAUGUGACUAAAAAGGAUAUCGAAGAAUAUUUCGGCUCCCAUGGCACCGGCAAAAUCACAGAAAUCAAGUUGAUGAACGGGUUUGGUUUUAUCGAAUAUGAAGAUGCGAUGGAUGCGCGGGACGUUGUCCCAGCCUUCCACGGAAGCGAUUUCAAGGGAGAACGUCUAACUGUCCAGUUUGCGCGUGGGCCUCGUCACAAGGAGACUUUCAAUGGCCCUUCGGACCGCCCCGCUGCACCCAGGCCUCGUCGCACAGUCUUCCGCAUGCAAGUAUCAGGUCUUCCCACUGAGACGAGCUGGCAGGACCUCAAAGAUUUCGCUCGUCAGUCCGGACUGGAUGUAGUAUACUCAGAAACUACUCGUGAGCGUGAUGGUAGAGGUUUUGUCGAAUUUGAAUCUCAUGCCGAUCUCAAAACCGCUGUCGAGAAACUCGAUGGCCGAGAGUUGAAAGGCUCCCAAGUGACUUGUGUUGCUGAUGUCCAACCCGCAGAGGAGAGAGCCCCAUAUCGCGAUCCUUAUCGAUCUCGCUCUCCUCCACGUCGAGGCUAUCCUCCCAUGGAUGACUAUGAUAGACGAGGCCCUCCACGUGGUUACAGUCCUCGUCAACACUAUCGCGAACGCUCUCCACAAGCUUUGCGACGGGAUUAUUAUGAUCGAGAUGGUUAUGGAAGGCGGAGCCCUCCACGACCACGCAUGGAGGAUUACCCUCCACCACGACGUCCAUACGAUGAUCCCUAUGAUGCAAGGCCGCCACCACCUCCACCUCCUCGGCACUAUGAUGAUCCUUACUUUGGGGGAAGGUCGUAUGGACGUCCUCGCAGCCCGCCGCGGGGGGAUUAUCCGCCGUACGAUCGACGUCCAUACUGGUAGCAUGGGAUUUCUUUUCUCGGAGGUUGUGCAGGAUUAUCUCGACGGUGUAUUUGGUUCUCAAACUGCAAGAACGACUUGAACUGGGUCAAAGUGUAUGUAUGGUAGUGAUCUAUGGAGGAGGAAGAAUCGAGCCAUGCAAAUUCAUGAGUAAUGAAUAAGAUACCAUGUCCAGUUGAUCUUGAGGAGAAUGUGAUUUCUGACCCC